CCUAGUCACAGCGCCAAUUAAAACACGUGGCUCUUUUUUGCGUGGCUAUACUAUACACGUCAAAAUUUAGUCGUUCCGAUUUAUUUUUACAGAGUAUUUAAGUGUAUACAAAUACGAAAAUUGAUUUAGGAUGACAACAGAAUUAAUGGAAAAUAUUCUGGGCUAUCUGUCCGAAUAUGGGGAGGCAGAUUCUCUCGAUCUCGCUCAUCGUUUUGCAGUGGAUCAUCAAAAAAUAGUUGGUGCUAUCAAGAGUUUACAGGCUUUUGAAGACUUGUUAAAAGUUGAGAGCAAAAGUCGCAAAGAGUGGGUACUAACAGAUGAAGGGCAACAUGUAUUGGAAAAAGGUAGUCAUGAGGCUGCUGUUUAUAAUGCUCUACCGGCUGAUUUCUCUGCUGUUAGUCAAGCUGACAUAUUAUCAAAAGUACCCUUUGCUAAAGUUGGUCUUUCAAAAGCUCUUGCUGCUUCAAUGGUAGAGUUAAUAAAGACUGGAAAAGAGACUUUAAUCAAGAGAAAAGCACCUUCGAUUACUGAUAAUGUUCAAAAACAUAUGAAAGAACUUCAAAUGUUGUCAGAUGAUUCUAAAAAAGAGUAUAAAAAAAGGAAACUUAUUAAGGAAAAUAUUAUCAAAAUUAUGGUACUUCAAAAGGGUCCAAACUUUUCAACAAAAAUAGAAAAACCAGAAGCUGAUUUAACUGCUGAUUUAUUGAUGAAUGAUGCAUGGAAAACAAAAAAAUUUAAACCUAUCAACUUAAAUGCUCUUGGAGCAGCUCUUGAUGUUGGACAUCUUCACCCAUUACUUAAAGUUCGCACUGAGUUCAGAAAAAUUUUUCUAGAAAUGGGUUUUGAAGAAAUGCCUACUAAUAAUUAUGUAGAAAAUUCAUUCUGGAAUUUUGAUGCAUUAUUCCAGCCUCAACAACAUCCAGCUAGAGAUGCUCAUGACACAUUUUUUAUUUCUGAGCCAGCAAUUAGCAGUAAAUUUCCAGAAGAUUAUUUGAAGAGAGUAGAAACUGUACACAGUAAAGGAGGAUAUGGUUCUCAAGGUUACAAAUAUGAUUGGAAAAUAGAAGAGGCCCAAAAAAAUUUGCUUAGGACACAUACAACAGCCGUAAGUGCUCGAAUGUUGUAUCAACUUAUGCAAAAGAGUGAAUUCAAACCAGUGAGAUAUUUUAGUAUUGACAGAGUAUUCAGAAAUGAAACAUUAGAUGCUACACAUUUGGCUGAAUUUCAUCAAGUUGAAGGUGUUAUAGCUGACUAUGAUCUGACACUAGGAGAUUUAAUUGGUGUUCUUUAUGAGUUCUUCAAAAAACUUGGAAUUGAAAAACUUGAAUUCAAACCAGCUUACAACCCAUACACAGAGCCUAGUAUGGAAAUAUUUUGCUUCCAUGAAGGCUUGAAUAAAUGGAUAGAAAUUGGUAAUAGUGGCGUUUUCCGACCAGAAAUGUUAUUGCCAAUGGGUUUGCCAGAAAAUGUCAAUGUUAUUGCUUGGGGAUUAUCGCUUGAGAGACCUACUAUGAUCAAAUAUGGUCUCAAUAAUAUUCGUGAUUUAGUUGGACCAAAGGUCGAUCUACAAAUGGUUCAAGAAAAUCCUCUGUGUCGUCUUGAUAAAUGCAGGACUGCGAUAAAAGUGAAUGAAAAAGUAAUGAUAAACAACAGCUGUUCACCCAUCAUUUUUUUGCGUGAAGUAUUUGAAACGGAAGAAAUGGCCCUUUUCUGCGAUGCUGAUCAUCCACCCUGUUGUAUCAAGCCUCUGUUGGUUCUAUUAAAUAAAGUUUAUAAUAUUAGUGUUACUACUCAUGAACAUUCUUCUGUUGUGCAGUCUUGUCGUAAAGAUAUCAACAAUAUAAACCGAUUUUUGUUAGAUUUGACUUCAAAUAAUACACUGCCAAAAAUGGUUAUAACUUUAAUUUGGCACAGAGGAGAAACGUGUCUUAAAUUGUCAAAUAAACGAGUUCUAGCUGGCCAAGUGAAUGUCGCUCGAUAUUUUGGACGUUUAAUAGAAAAAGCUAACUCAGAAUUGUUAAAAUAUGAAAGUUUUGGCGCGACUUUUGCUGCCCAAAUAGAUAUGGCUUUAUCAAAAAUAGAAGAAGCUGAGCCUUUGACGCAAAAUUCAUUGGCAUUAUUACACGAAUUCCGGAAGAUUGACAACUUGAAUUAUAUUUGUGGAGAUGAGAUGAGUCUUCUGGAUGUUUUUUUCAUGUAGUAAAAGAGCAUAUGUAAAAAACUUAAAAAUUAUAGAUUAUAACAAACAAAUUAAAGGAUUAUGAUGAUCUGUUAACUUACAGAUAUUAAUUAUUUUAUUUAAAUAUACAGUAAUCCUGUUGUUCGAA